UCUGUUGCUCAAACUAGCUGUCAUUAAGUAGAAUAUCGCUUCUGUCGCUUAAAACGGGACAGGUGCAGCGACCAGGAUGACUUCCAACGAAUACAAUAUAAUGGCUACAUCACACCGUGAGCUUACUCAGAACCCGCUGAAGAAAAUAUGGAUGCCAUGGAAAAACGGGCUCUUUGUACACAUUUUACAAAGAAGGGUAUGUAUGACCAACUGUCCCACCCUCAUUGUGACGGUGGGCCUCCCAGCGAGAGGGAAGACCUACAUCUCCAAGAAGCUGACCCGCUAUCUCAACUGGAUUGGUGUGCCAACCAAAGAGUUCAACGUGGGUCAGUACAGGAGGGAGUGUGUGAAGAUCUACAAGUCUUUUGAGUUUUUCCAUCCAGACAAUGAAGAGGGGCUGAAGAUCAGGAGGCAGUGUGCACUGACGGCGCUGAAUGAUGUGUGCCAGUACCUGACUGUGGAGGGAGGCCAGGUGGCGGUGUUUGAUGCCACUAACACCACCAGGGAGAGGAGAUGGACCAUCACCAGGUUUGCAGAGCAGAAUGGCUUUAAGGUGUUCUUUGUGGAGUCUGUGUGUGAAGACCCUGAUGUCAUUGCAGAGAACAUAGCGCAAGUGAAGCUGGGUAGUCCUGAUUACAUAGACUGUAAUACAGAGGAGGUCAUCGAGGACUUCAUGAAGAGAAUCAGGUGCUACGAGAACUCUUACCAGCCACUGGAUGAGGUUCUAGACAGGGAUCUGUCCUACAUUAAGAUCAUGGACGUGGGCCAGAGAUACCUGGUGAACAGGGUGCUGGACCACAUCCAGAGCCGCAUUGUCUACUACCUAAUGAAUAUCCACAUCACGCCACGUUCCAUCUACCUGUGUCGCCAUGGAGAGAGUGACCACAACGUCAAAGGACGCAUCGGAGGAGACUCGGGCCUGUCUGGCAGGGGCAAGGAGUUUGCAAAGUGUCUGGGGAAGUUUAUCCAGGAGCAAAACAUUGACAAUCUGAAGGUGUGGACCAGUCAGAUGAAGAGAACCAUUCAGACAGCCGAGGCCGUGGCUGUCCCCUAUGAGCAGUGGAAGGCUCUCAACGAGAUCGAUGCUGGUGUGUGUGAAGAGAUGACGUAUGAGGAGAUCCAGGUACAUUUCCCUGUGGAGUUCUCACUGAGAGACCAGGACAAAUACCGCUACCGCUACCCUAAAGGAGAGUCCUAUGAGGACCUGGUGCAGCGGUUGGAGCCAGUCAUCAUGGAGCUGGAGAGGCAGGAGAACGUCCUGGUCAUCUGUCACCAGGCUGUCAUGCGCUGCCUGCUCGCUUACUUCCUGGAUAAGAGUGCAGAGGAGCUGCCUUUCCUGAAGUGCCCUUUGCACACUGUAUUGAAGCUGACCCCUGUGGCGUAUGGAUGUAAAGUAGAGUCUAUCUGGUUGAAUGUCGAAGCUGUGAACACCCAUAGGGACAGGCCAGAGAAUGUAGACAUUUCACGGAUGCCGGAAGAAGCCCUGUUCACAGUCCCCGCCCACCAGUGAUGAGUGACGGCGCACAAAGUUUAGAUUCAAUCAGUUCUUCCUUCACCUACGAUAGGUGUAACGGCGUUAGCUGUCAAAUCAGGAAGCGACUCUCUGCGUGAUACCUAUUGCGGACAUUUCCAUUUUAUGUCACGAGUCUCAUUAGUAAUAAUCCCAUGCAGCCUUGUUACAAGUUCAAACACGGGAAUGUGUUGUAAUAUACACCUCGAUUAGGCUGAUAUGAAUCCUCAUUAUUUAGGUUAAUGAUGUUCAAUUUGAGUGUUAUUAUUUCUAUAUAGCCAUGACUUUCUCUUUAUGUACUUCUAAUGUGAGUGGGACGGGUGUGGCUUGGUGACAAUAACCGCACGAGCAGCCGCUCAGAUUAGACCGCUCUAAAGCAGUUCCACUUCCAGCACCUCCUAAACACCAGCUAUGCAGGUGUUGGCUACCACUGGUUAAUGCUUGAUCUGAUUGAAUCCAGGCCCUAGACUCCCAAGUGUCAUCACUCACCAUGGCUACUUCAUCUACUCAAUCAGAAAUCAAUGCAAAUUGCUAUUUAAAAAAAAAUCCUUGCAGCGGGAUUUGAAAAGAGUGCAUCCGAAUCUUUCAUUUGACAUAUUUCUAUCUAAAGCGGCAAUCAGCAGAGGAAACGAUUAUGAAGAGUGAUCCCCGGUUUCGGUAAAAAGCUGAGGGAUGGGCUGGAGAAAUGUAACUAUUCUCAAAUUGGGAUGACCAUCCAUGAUAUCAACAUUGAGUUUUAACCAUGUUUUGAGGCUAUAUAGUGUUUGUUUACAUUUACUUUGGUUACAAACAUUGGAGUAAAAGCUUAGAUUUUGGGUUCUGAUGGAGGCAUUUAUACAUUUUAUUCUUCAAAGAAUCAUUCAUUUACAAGUCCAAAAAUGUAAUUAGCGACUGCUGAUUUCCCCUUUUAAACAUACUUGUUUAAUCUUGGUUCUUCACCUGAUCUGUGUAUUUCCUUCUGUGCAAAAUUGGCUGUGUUUAGACAGGCAUCCCAAUCCUGAUCUUUUUUUCCACAAAUUGGUCUUUUGACCAAUCAUAUCAGAUAUUUCUCAGAGCUGAUCUGAUUGAUCAAAAAUAAUUAGAAUUAGGCUGCCUGUCUAAACGUCUAGAGAACUGGAAUCCAGUUCAAUGGUGAUUCACCCCACUAUCGGGGUAUGUGUGCCUGUGAGUGAGUGAGUGAGUGAGUGAGUGAGUGAGUGAGUGAGUGAGUGAGUGAGUGAGUGAGUGAGUGAGUGAGUGAGUGAGUGAGUGAGUGAGUGAGUGAGUGAGUGAGUGAGUUAUGAACUGUAAGGACAAUCUGAUGUGAAACCUUUUUUAUAUACAUGACAUAUGGCUUUUAAUCAAAUUGUAAAGUGUCUUGACACUGGCUGCGUUUACACAGGCAGCCCAGUUCUGAACUUUGUCCACUAAUUGGCCUUUUAACCAAUCAGAUCAACUCUUUUGCCAAUCAUUUGGUAAAGAUCAGAAUUGGCAGCCUGUGGAAGCUAAAUGUAAUACUCCUUGUUCUUAGUAUUUUUAGUUGUUGUCCAACCAUUUGUCCGUUUUUUUUUUAAGCUGUUUUUUUAUUUUGUGAAUUUCCUAUUAAACCAACUAUUGCGUUUACCCGCUACAGAAGAUGUGAUAUUUGGAAUCAGACUCUAGGUGGGGACAUACAUUGUAGGUAAUAUUUGUUUUAAAUAUAUAUAUGUCUGGUAUAAAAUCAGACAUAAAGGUGGUUUUGCACAUCUAUUUUUUUUCAAUCAAGGUCAUCUUCAUCUAGUUCAAAUCUAGACUGACUUUUUUUUCAUGUUGCAUCAGUGAUCUGCUAUAUCAAGAAUGUGUUUGGCUCUAUUGCUCAAUGUCUGCUGUAGUUUAGCAUCAGUAGUGUCAUUUACAUUUACAUUUAAGUCAUUUAGCAGACGCUCUUAUCCAGAGCGACUUACAAAUUGGUGCAUUCACCUUAUGACAUCCAGUGGAACAGUCACUUUACAAUAGUGCAUCUAAAUCUUGACAAAUCAAUUGAAAUGACUACUAAUAUCUGUGUAAACACAAGUAGUGAUCACCAUAAUAAUCAGGUGUCAGUAAUGCUGUGAAUGUCAAUAAAUCGCUCACUGGUUGAUUAUCGUUUUCAGCAGGUUCACCAUGUCUUGUUUGUUCAUUUUGACUUGUUUGUCAACGUGCCAAGAAUAUGAUGCAUUCAAUGUAAAUAUCUACAUCAUCCAAAUGGAAUAAAUAUGUUUUAGUUAAA